AGCAAGCCAAAGAUCAUGAGUGGGGAGAAAUUGAAAUGAUGCAAUUAAAGAAACUUGAUGAAGAAGAAUUUCAUCUCUUUGAAUGACAGUGCUUGGUGCACUACCAGUACCAGACAUAUGGGUCCCAUAAUCAUCACUACCUCCACCAUUUUACCCAACCCCCUACGCCCACAACCCCCCCUAUCUAUACAUUCUCUUCAUCCCCUGUAACCCCUUUUUACUCUAAUACAUGUUCUUGAAGUUUACUCACAGAUUCUUGAAAGUUGAAACCCCUUUUCAUGGAACCAAAACAAACUCUUGGUGAAAAAGGUUCAAAAAUGGAGCAAGAUUACAAUAUGGGCAUGUGUCCUGAGGAUGAAACAGAGCUUGAGUUGGGGUUAGGCCUUAGCCUUAACAGUGGGUGUGGGGGUGGUGGGGUGGGGGCAAAGGCUAAGAAGUCACCAUGGGGUGAAUAUGGUAGGAUUUUAACUGCUAAAGAUUUUCCUAAUGGAUUUUCAGCUAAGAGAUCCAUUAAUGGUGGUGUUUCUGGUACUAAAAGAGUUGCUGAUUUUGCUGGUUCUACAACUGAGGUUGGAUCUCCUCCUACUGGUGCAAGUCAGGUUGUGGGAUGGCCACCCAUAAGGGCAUACAGAAUGAACAGCUUGGUUAAUCAAUCAAAGGUUCUGAAUGCUGAUGAAGACAAGGGAGUUGGCGAGAACGACAAGAAGGAGCAUUCGAAGAAGAAAAGCAAUCACGGAAACACCGAGGAUGAUGCUGCUUCUGUUAAAGAAAAAGGGCAUCUUGGUUUUGUUAAGGUGAAUAUGGAUGGUUUGCCUAUUGGAAGAAAGGUGGAUUUGAAUGCUCACACUUGCUAUGAAUCGUUAGCUGAAACGUUGGAGGAUAUGUUCUUCCAAUCUAUCAAAAGCGGUGAAAAGGAACAAGCAACUAAGUCUUUUAAGCUCUUGGAUGGAUCAUCUGAAUUUGUGCUCACAUAUGAGGAUAAAGAAGGAGACUGGAUGCUUGUUGGAGAUGUUCCAUUUGGGAUGUUUCUCAACACUGUGAAAAGGCUAAGAAUCAUGAGGACUUCUGAGGCUAAUGGACUUGCUCCUAGAAUUCCUCAGAAGCAGGAGAGACACAAAGGAAAACCAAUCUAAUUUGCUUGGUACAAGGAAAUUGCAUGGGCAAAAAAGUUGGAAGAAACAAAAAGUAAAACAGAAAUAGGGAAGUGUUAAAAGAGUCGAGGGAUAUUAUUACUUUUUCAUGGUUGCAUUUUUUGUUUUGCACCAUUUUCUGUUCAAAAAGUGCCCCACUUUUUUGUGUUUUCUUUUUGGUCUAGGUCUCAAGCCCCUCAUAUAGUUGAUACACCAAUGUUUUUGCCCCAAACCUACCUUUCUCAUGAUGUAAAUAUGGGAAUGCUAUUUUCCUCUUUUUGUGUGUCUGUUUGUUGCAAGAAAAUUCUAUUCUAUUUAUUUGUUUAUUUUAUUGUUGAUCUA